AUGGCGAACCAUCACGCGUCGCCAACCAUGAUGCAAAUGCAGCAGCAUCAAGGCCAAGUGCCUCCACCUCCACCACCUCCUCCGCCCGGAGUUCAGCCUGCACACUUUGCGCCGUCACAUCAGAUCGCUGCCAUGAACGAGGCUGUUUGGUUGCAGAUAGGGAGCUACUCUGAAGUCCUGCGCAACCCGGACGAGGCCAUGCAGGCUUAUGAGCGCGCGCUUCAAGCAAACCCCAAUUCGACACCGGCCAUGAACGCAAUUGGUGUUUUGCUCAAGGGUCGCGAAGCUUUCGAGAAGGCACUGGAAUUCUUCCGCGCCAUCGUGCAGCUGGAUCAGAACAACGGUGAAGCCUGGGGCAAUCUAGAAAACUUGCAAAAGGCCUACGACGCUUACCAACAGGCAUUGGUCAACCUGAGGGAUCCCAAGGACCCCAUGCUUUGGUAUGGCAUUGGUAUAUUGUAUGACCGCUAUGGAAGUUACGACUAUGCCGAGGAGGCUUUCUCUCAAGUUAUGAACAUCCAGCCCGAUUUUGAAAAGGCCAACGAGAUUUACUUCCGACUCGGUAUAAUAUACAAGCAACAAAACAAGUGGAAUCAGAGUCUAGAUUGUUUUAAAUACAUCGUCAAUUCCCCUCCCGGGCCCUUGACUCAAGAGGACAUUUGGUUUCAAAUUGGCCACGUCCACGAACAACAAAAAGAUUUCGACAGUGCCAAGGCGGCUUAUCAACGUGUGUUGGACCAUUCCCCGAACCACGCCAAGGUUCUUCAACAACUCGGUUGGUUACAUCACCAGCAAAGCAACACCUAUGAGAGCCAAGAUCGCGCAAUCCAAUACUUGGAGAAAUCGGUUAACGCAGAUAAUCAGGAUGCGCAGAGUUGGUAUCUCUUAGGUCGAUGUUACAUGUCGCAACAAAAGUACCCCAAAGCAUAUGAGGCAUACCAGCAAGCUGUGUACAGGGAUGGAAAGAACCCCACCUUUUGGUGCUCCAUUGGAGUGCUUUACUACCAGAUCAACCAGUACAGAGAUGCUCUUGACGCUUACUCCAGGGCUAUUAGACUUAACCCGUACAUCUCUGAGGUCUGGUAUGAUCUUGGAACAUUGUAUGAGAGUUGUAACAACCAAAUCACUGAUGCCUUGGAUGCCUACCAACGAGCAGCUGAGCUUGAUCCUAAUAACCCCCACAUCAAAGCAAGACUACAGCUUCUUCGUUCUGGCGGCACAAACGGAGGACCUCCUCCUACUGCUCCUCAACCCGCCGAUGUUCACCCUCAAGCUUACCAGGCAGCUGGCCCCAAUGUCCCACCUCCUCGGGACAACUACCGCCGCAACUCAUCUGAAGCUCGGCGUCCCGAGGAAGUUCGCCGGCCUGAGGAGUCACGUCGCGAAGAGCCUCGUCGACCUGAAUCAGCUCCUCGUCAUGCCGUCGAGAGCUACCACCCUUCUGAUGCUGCUCAUCACCCACCUAGUCAUGCUUCAGGUCCUAGCCAUCUGCCUCCAAUGCAGCAAGGACCCCCAACCCCCAUGUCCGGAGUCGUUCACGAGAAGCCACCAGUUGUGGCAACCCCUAAGGAGGAGCGCCCACCCAGUCUUGAGCAUGCCCCUCCUGUUCGCACAGCCCCUGUUUCCGAGCCUGAACGAGCAGCCAGGAAGAUGGAAGUUGAUGAGGACUAUGACGACAGUGGAGAAGAUGAGAAGAAGACUGCCGUUGUCACUAAUGGUUCUGGCCCUGGCUCCGCCGCUGGGGACGCUAAGACAUCAACUCCUGCGAACGCUGGUGUAAACGGAAUUUCCGCCGCCCCAAAAGUUGAAUGA